GCUCUCUUUCUUCUUCCCUGUAUGCGAGAGAGAGGGAGAGAGUCCACCAUACAUAGCCAUGCCGAACCACCAACUUCACGCCCCUCUUCGCUACGCCCCUUCUUCCUCUUCCUCUCAAUCUUUCGCCUCAAAGAUUCUCCUCCUCCUCACUCUUCUUCCCGUAUCUUUGGCUGCCAUUGCUUUCGUUCUUCAAUGGCGUGGUGGAAUCAGCGAUCCUGUGAACCUUUUAACCCCUCCUGGCUCCCAUCACUUCCCUGGUAUGGACGCAUCUCCCCUUUCCUCCAUUUCCCACUCCCCGCCAUCCGAUUGUGUCAAUCUUGGUCGCAGCUCGGCGCCUUCCUUCCCAUAUUACAACAAUUGGAAGUUUGAUUACGGGACUAAUCUCAAGCCUAAGAUUUGUAUUACAACCAGUACAUCGGCAGGGCUAGAUCAGAUCCUGCCUUGGAUGUUUUAUCACAAAGUUAUGGGAGUGUCAAACUUCUUUCUUUUUGUGGAGGGGAAGGCUGCUUCUCCUGAAGUAUCAAAAGUCCUGGAAUCUAUUCCUGGCGUAAAGGUUAUCUAUAGGACGAGAGAGCUGGAAGAACAACAGGCUAGAAGCCGUAUUUGGAAUGAGACUUGGCUGGCUGGUUUCUUUUAUAAACCGUGUAAUUAUGAACUAUUUGUGAAGCAAUCCCUCAACAUGGAGAUGGCCAUUGUCAUGGCAAGGGAUGCUGGUGUGGACUGGAUUCUUCAUCUUGACACUGAUGAGUUAAUACACCCAGCUGGUGCACGGGAGUAUUCAUUGAGACAGUUGCUGCGUGACGUUCCAGGAAAUGUUGAUAUGGUCAUAUUUCCUAACUAUGAAAGCAGUGUUGAGCGUGAUGAUAUCAAAGAACCUUUCACUGAGGUAUCGAUGUUUAAGAGGAACUAUGACCAUCUUCCAAAAGAUACAUACUUUGGCAUGUACAAAGAAUCUACCCGUGGUAAUCCAAACUACUUCCUGACCUAUGGAAAUGGAAAAUCAGCUGCUCGAAUACAAGAUCACCUUCGACCUAAUGGUGCACACAGAUGGCACAAUUAUAUGAAAACUCCAAAUGAAAUCAAAUUGGAAGAGGCUGCCGUAUUACACUACACAUAUGCAAAAUUCUCAGACCUUACUUCCAGACGUGAUCGCUGUGGCUGCAAACCUACAAAGGAAGAUGUUAAAAGAUGCUUCAUGCUGGACUUCGACAGAUCUGCAUUUAUCAUUGCUUCAACCGCAACUGAAGAGGAAAUGCUGAAGUGGUACCAUGAGCAUGUUGUGUGGGAUGACAAAGACACAAGGUUGAAACUGUUGAGGAAGGGCAUAUUGACUCGCAUAUAUACUCCUAUGGCCAUAAUACAAGGUUUGAGGGAAUCUGGUGUAUUCAGUUCUGUCAUUGCAUCUGCCCCAAAACUCUCUAGAAAAUUUUUGAUGUCAAUUGAUAGUAGCAACUCAACAAGAGGUUCUGCCUCUGGAUCGCUUCCUUCUAGAAAUUCUAGAGCAGGCAAAGAGCACCAAGCAACAGCAAGAAAGAUCUUGGACAUAGAAUCUGCUGCAUUUCAUGAAGUAGCCGUACCACCAUUGUCUCCCCCUGCAAUAGAAGAUAUUGACCUGAGUUGACAUGCUUGAUCAAUCAAUCCUACAGUUUUUAGUUUUGGAACAGCCACUGGGUGCGACUUUUAAAAUUAUUUUUCUGUCAUCCAAUAGAAUAUGUUAAAAAGUUGCAGUUUUUAUUAGAGAAUCUUUUAUUCUUCUAUUUCCAUGAGGAUGGUUGGUAGGUAGUCAUAUUCUAUAUGCUGUUGAUGAUUCAUUGUGUAAAGAAAGAGGAAGUUGAUUGGUCUUUUCUAGCCAUCUGUAUAGAAACUCAAAUGACAAUGUGAGUUCUUUUUAGUGACUUGUGGCCCUCAUGGUGAAAUGAAACUGAUGAGAAUGAGGUAUAUUGACGUUAAA